UGUAAGUGUGGCGUUUGUGUGCGAGGGAGGUUUGUGCGUGAUUGUCACUCGCGAUUAUCGUUCCGUUCAUUUAAAAUCGGCCCGAUUUCUUUGGCGUCCCGUCGCUUUUAUCGCCAAGCGUUGCAUUCGCCGUAUUUAAGCGGCGUAAUCGGGUCACAGCUUUGGUUACGGGUUCGGUGGCCGAUUAAAAGGGUUUUGUUUUCGCUAGGUUUACCCACCCACGUCACCCAUCAUGUUCUCAUUUCACAGGCCCAAAGUGUAUCGGUCGUCGACCGGGUGUUGCAUAUGCAAAGCCAAAUCCAGCAGUUCGAGAUUUACGGACAGCAAGAAAUACGAGGAUGACUUCCUGGAGUGUUUCAAACUGUCGUCUCCACGCCAGGGCGAGAUUUGCAAUGCUUGUGUCUUGCUGGUCAAACGAUGGAAGAAACUUCCGGCUGGGUCGGACAGAAAUUGGCAGCACGUUGUAGACGCGCGAGCCGGCCCCGGCAUGAAGAGCAUGACCAAGUUCAAGAGCAAGAACAACGGCACGAAGAAGAACGACAAGUCGGCCGCCGACCAGCCGCUGCUCAAGAAAAAGAAGAAGGAACGUCGGUACGUGCGUGAGUACAGCCCCACGCUGUCCGACAAGUCGGACAACAGCGACGACAUGGACAUGGAGAUAGCGGAGGCGAACAUGGGCAGCGCGAGGAGCGGCCGCUCCAGCUGCUCGGCGAGUCCGGGCGGCAGCGACUGCGAGGUCGAGCUGGUCGCGGUGAAGAGGCGGCGGCUGAACAGGCGCUUCAGGCAUCCCGUGAGGCGGGCGGGCGCCAAGCGCGUCGGCGACUUCAUCGAUCACGAUUAUUGGAAGAGAGAGACCAUCUGUUGCGGUACCAUCUACCGCGGUCGCAACAACGAGAUAAUAGUGGACCCGAGACUGCUGAAGCCGUGCACCGCCCGCAUCGAGAUGUGCAAGCGUCUGCAGCCGGCCGCGCCGGUCCAGGCGGCCGCCACGUCCGCCGCCACGCCGGUCGACAGCGGGGCGUCGCCCUCGUCCAAGACGUACAGCGACAGCAGUUCGGAUUCCGGUUACGACGAGUCGAGCAACCAGAAUCUGCCGGAGCAGCACGCGUACAAAAAGACGGCCGAAACGACCGGGAGCAGUAGUUGUAUAGGUGUCGGCGAUAAUUAAUACGUAUACGCUCCGCCCAUCGACUUUUCUGCUUCUAUUCUUUAAGAUUUAGGUUGUUUAUAAUUUAUUGAUUGAUAUACGUACGUAUUAUAUAUAUUUAUAUAUAUAUGAACACAUUUGUUAUGUUUGUGGAUGGUUUAUGCAUUUCUUGCAUGAAAACGGUUUUGAAUUUUAUUAGGUGAUUUAUUUUAGUUUGAAUACUCAAUUGUGAAUUGUGUUUAUUGAUGUAAUUACUGCAAGAAACGCAUAAAUCGCGCUCUUGCCGACAGUACAAAUAAUUAUUGUAUAUUGAAAUUGUUCGAUAUUUCAUUGGAAGCUGGCGUCUUUGAUUUGCGGGCUGUUUUCAACAAAACCACUCGUUUUGCCCUAUAAACUUUGAACAUACAUUACAAGCUCUGUCUGUAUGGGGUACUUAUAAAACCAAACCUAGUUUUAUAAAUACCCCUUUAAUAGACAAAAACUUGAAUGUACUUUGAAAGUUAACACAAGAGGAGUCGUUCCAGUGAAAGGUGAUUAAAAAUCACUUAGAAAUUCAGCCUGCGAAUACGACACGCAGCUUCACUGUCCAGUUAAGGAAUAUGGGAUAGAUUUCUGCGUUCAAAAUUUUAAAACAAAAUUAAAUUGGGGUCCAAAUAAUUCAAUAUAUUGACACCAUUAAAAAAUGCUGAUGAUUAUAUUUAAAUUUAACAAAUAAGACUUGAAUGUGUUGCAAUCAGUUAAACUAAAGCAUCUCAGACUAGUCAUAUUGUUUUUGUGAUAGUUUUUGUUUUUGAUGGAAAAAAUCGAUUAAUUAUAUUAUCUGAUUUGCUUUGCUUUGACGUAAAUACUCGAAUAUCAAAAUAAAAAAAAUGAAAUUCUAACAAAUCAAGCAAUAUAGAUUAUAAAAUCAGAUCCAUAUCAUGAUUGUGGUGUCUUGACUUACUGCCAAAACCAACCUGUAAAUCUAGUGUUCCUCUUUGAUGACACAAAUUAUAUUAAGAAUUUUUGUAAAAAAUGAAAACCUUAAAUACAUUUGUACAUUUUCGCCAGUAAUUUAAUUAAUUUCGUUCCAUGGCAGCAAUAUUUUUUAAGUGCUUACACUUCCGUGCAUUAACUACUACUAGUAAUUCUAUAUCCAUGUUACAUAGUUUAUAUUUUACAGAUAAUUUUUAUAUUAUAGAUGACUAAUAUAUUUGUUUUUUUAAGACAUGCCGAGAGACUGCAAGUCUAGUCGUAAUCAGUUUCGAGUUUCCUUAAUUUUAAAUGCAUUUUUUUUUCGACCGUUUCGGACGCCACCGCUUGGUGUGUUUCUGGGGGGGGUUGCGUCCCCAUCGGUUGGUCGAAUCUCUGUUGUAUAAAACAAAAAAAAUUAAAUAGUAAUUUUGUGACAAACUGCCAUUAAUUGUACAUUAUAUUUUACAGACUUAAAAAGGUUUAUUGAUUGUAUUUAUUGUGAAUAUUGGUUGUAUCCCCCCACGCAGUAACAACCAUCCCUAGUGUUCGGGAAUAAUGUGGAUGGUUGUUGCCGUAGUUUGGAUACGCGAAGUGGAUCUCAGAUUUAGUUGUGAAACGCAUACAUUCUUAAUUUCACAAUUUAAUUUAAUAAAGUAUUAUAUAAUAUAUGCUUAAAUUUAGAUAUUAUAAUUAUGUAUGAUAGAUUGUAGAAAUAGUUAUAUUUAUUUAAAAUUUAGAUGGUAAAUCAAUUUGGCUGGCUCGCGUUUGGUUGUAAGUUUGGCCGUAGAGCCAAAGGACGAAUCUUCCACUUACCAAAAUUUAGUCCCCGGUUUGUUUAGCCCUGGGCUUUUAUACAUUUUAUAAUGGAAUGAGGGUAAAGACUAUUUUUGAUAAUAUUCGAGGUAACAUCAGAGUUUUGUAAAAAAUAAUUAUAGCUAGCCAAUGUGUAUGUGUAGUAAAUUGAAGGGAGUUUUUCUAUAAAAAAAUUAAAUAUAUAAAAUUGGAUGAAACUUGUAAAAGCCAAAUUGUUACUAAAUGCAAUAAAUGACAGCAAUUGUUAUUUGAAUCACAGAUGUUUGCGGUUAACUCUAGGAUAAUUUAGAUUUUAUAAAAGGGAGAUGUGGAAACAAAGUUUCCGGACUUUUAAAGUCGACUUUUUAUCCGACGACCUAAAAUGUCUGUUGUGUUUGAUUAUAUUGUAUAAUUAUUUAAAUGAAAACUUUAAUUAAUUACCUUUAUAUUAUCUAAAUUGUACAUUUUUAUUGUAAUUCAGUGUUUUAUAUGCUAUUGUGACCCGUUGAUUUAUGUACAACGUAUUUAUCAAUAAAAUUUUACAUAUA